AUGGCUGGUCCACUCCUUCAUUCUGACAGCAAAAGUUCGCGUCGUCGCUGGCUCAUCGGCAUCGUUGUUUUCACCAUCAUCGCCAUUUUGAUCACCACCAGCGCUCAUUUCAGAGGAAAUUCCUAUGGCGAUCUGAGCUUCCCGGCUCCCGGAUCAGAAACCGGUUCACCAAGGACUUUACGUCUGAAGGAAUUCAUCAAGCCAGAGGGCAUUAAGAUCAUCGGACUUGUCUUUUUUGGUAGAAAAAAUCGAGUUGAGAUUCUACGAUGUUUCCUCGAGCGCAAUCUCGUCGAUAAUGGCGGCUGGCUCGACGAAAUCCACUGGGUGAAGAACACUGAUAAGAAAAUUGACCUGGUAUAUCUGGAUGAGAUCCUGGCCUCGUCUCCGCGGUACAAGAAAAUCGAGCUCGAGGGUGUCGGCUUCGUCGGCUACGGGUACGCCUGGUCGCGCCUGGAGCGAGGGCAUUUGUAUGUCAAAAUAGACGAUGACGUGGUAUGGUUUGCCGACGACACUAUUCCACGCAUCGUGACAAUGAAGCUCGCGAAUCCCAACUACCUGCUCGUGAGUGCGAACAUCGUCAACUCCCCGCUCAUGGGCUGGGUGCACUACCACAUGGGUGCUAUGCACCCUUACCUGCCGGAAUUCGACGUCUAUGAGCCUCCGCUGCUGGAAUUCCCACACCCGUCACGCAAACCCUGGCAGUAUUCCGCAUACCCCUACUGGACUGGGCCCGACGACUACUUCUUCGACAUGUUUCAAGACCCACCGUAUGACGGGCAUCGAUGGCUACGGAUGGUCAACGACUCAGCGAUCCACCGCACUCCCAUCACCGAGAUCGAGUACAAGACUUGGGGCAAUGGAUUGAAGUCCUGGGCCAUCGCGGCACAGGAACACUACUCAUUCCUGGAAAACCUUGCGGACGGCCGACUGGAUCGCUACAAGACAGGCGGCAAGGCCUGGCUCACCGACUACAAACGGCUGAGCAUCAAUUUUGUCGCACUCUGGGCCGAUGACGUCCUAGACAAUUUGCCGAUGGACACUGUUGACGAGGAGUGGUUGACCAUCAACCUGCCCAAGAGACUGGGUCGGAGCGUGGCGGUUGAAACGGACGCUUUGGCAGUGCAUUUCACCUUUGGUACUCAGGGCAAGGUCGAGAAGACAGACCUCCUGCCUAGGUACCAUGACUAUGCGCUGGAGAAUGCAUGUGCCAGAAAAGUCUGA